AUGAUUAAUUCACCUCCAGGCUCAUAUAGUGGUGGUGGUGGUUCUCGUCGAAUACGUUAUUCACGUUCACCAUCUGAUAAUGCACCACCAUUAAAACGUUCUAAACCGUCAAGUUCAAAUGAUCCUUAUGAUCGUAAUUAUGGUAGUGGUUCUGAACAAUCUCGUCUUUAUACAUCCAUAUGUGUAAAAAAUAUUAAUCCAAAAAUAUCAGAUUCAGAAAUUCGAGAUUUGUGUAAUAAAAAAUUUUCUAAAUAUGGUUCAAAUUCAAUUAAAAUUUAUCAUAAACAUCAAGAACGUGUAGCAUUUGUUAAUUUUAUAAAUUGUGAAGAUGCACGAAAAGCUCGACAUGCUAAAACAGGUCUUGUUUGGGAAAAUAUGCAAGUUCUUUUAGAACCAGUUUAUUAUCGUAAAACUGUUCCAGCUGAACAACCUAUUAAACCUGAAAGUUCUCGAGAACGUUCUCCAAAAACUCGACGACAUCGUCGUCCAACUCCACCAAGUCCCUUACCAUCACCACCACCAGCUAGUUCCCAUCAUCGUUCAUUAUCACGACGUCAACAUACAAAGUCUCCUUCACGCUCAUCACGUCCAGCACGUCGACAAUAUUCACCAUUCAUACCGUUACCACCUGAUUUAGCUAAUUAUAAAAAAAACAUAUCUAGUCGACAACGAGAACAUUCAUCACCGUCACCACCACCACCGCCACCACCUGUUCGUCGUCAUCAUCAUAAAAAGCAACAUAGUCCAACUCCAAAUAAGCAUCGAACAUCAUCACCAUCAUCACCAAAUCGAAAUAAUUUAGAUAAUGAAUCUAAUAUUCAAAAUGAACCAACACGUACUUUAUUAAUUGAAAAUCUUGAACGAAAUGUAACAGAAUCAAAAUUAGAAGGAAUCUUUGGUCGUUAUGGAACAAUUAAAAAAAUUGAUCUUAGAAAAUCAUCAUCCAAAGGUGUUUACGCAUCUAUUCAAUAUGAAAAUGUUGAUAUGGCAUAUGAAGCACGACGAGCUAUAGAUGGUCAAUCUAUUGGAAAAGCUAAUUGUAAAAUUAACUAUGGCAAAAUUGUACCAACUAAACAUCUUUGGGUUGGAAAUAUACCCGAGGAUAUACAACGACGUGAUCUGGAACAUGUAUUUUCACGUUAUGGACAAAUUAAAACAUUUGAUUAUUCAACAGGUGAUCCAACAGCUAUUAUUACUUAUAGAGAUAUUGAAGAUGCAAUUAAAGCACGUAAAAAACUUAAUGGUACAAUAAAAAUUGUGGAUGGUCGAGUAGUACGUAGUGAAUCUGAUACAUCACCAUCAUCACACCGUGGUUUUCGUAUUGAUUAUCUUGAUCGUCCAACAUCUCGACGUUUUGUUGUUGUUCGACCACACAAAAAAUCAUUAAAUAAACGUGAAUCACGUUCAUCAUCUCGUUCAAAAUCACGUAAUAGAUCACCUGCAUCAUCGACACAUGAUCGUACACGUUCUCCAUCAAAUGACGUUAAUAACGACGAACAAACUAAAGAUAAUUUAACUGAAAAUCUUAAAACUGAAACGCAUUCACGUUCACCAACACCAUCAUCAAUAUUAAAUACUAUAAAACAACGACGAUCAACAGAUCGUAGUGAAAGUUCACCAUUAACGAAUUUAGCUCCUAUUGCUGGACGAACAUUUUAUGGUUCAUUAGGUUCGUAUUUAUCUCCUGAUGAUACAGCAAAUGUAACUAAUCUCGAUGAAUUAAUGAUUCUUUGUGAACAAUUAAAUUUAUCAGCAACAAAAAGUAAUACUGCUUUAGCUACUGUUUAUCCUGUUCAAUUUAUACUUAAGUCGCAUGCUUAUGAUGCACGUAUGCAUUUUCUUGCUGGAAGUCCAUCAUUGGCUAGUAUUUUACUUGGUCAACCAGGUGAUUUAAUUGCAGCUAAAACUGAAUUAAAAAUUACCCAACGACUUCGUCUUGAUCAACAGAAACUUGAAGAUUUAGAACGAAAACUUCGUAGUAGUGUUACAAAUGCAUUAGCUAUAACAGAAAAUAGUACCCGUAAAAAUAUAAAUGGUCAUUCAUCAAAUAGUUCAACAUUAAUUAAUAAUCGAAAACAAUUAACACUUGCAAAUCAAACAAAAUUUGCUAUACUUAUUGCAACACCUAAAAUUAAUACUUCAAAUGAAUCAUUAAAUUCAAUUGAACAACAAAUGUCAAGUGGAAAAAUCAAAAAUGAAAUAACUUCACCAUCACAUUCGGAUGAAUAUGAUAAAAGAAAUCUUGAAAUAAAAAAAGAACAAAUGAAUAAUGAUGAUACUGAUAAUGAAGAUGAUUUAUCACUUUCUUGUUUGAUUUCUUAUUUAAUUGAAAAAGAAGCAGCUGGUGUUAUAUCAAUGCCAUUUCAUCCAACUUAUCAUAGUGAUUAUGAACAUUCAUCUAAACAAGAAACAGCUGUUAUACAUAUAUUUCCUCCGUGUCAAUUUAGUAAAAAAGUUUUAAAAAUAAUUUGUCCAUCAAUUCAUUUUUCAAAUAUAACAACAACAAUUAAUGAUGAACAUUUAAUGGUUGUUAUUGUACAUAAUGAUUGA